UUUAUUUUUUAUUUUUUUUAUCUUCAAGUAUGAAUUUAUUUAAUAGUAAGAAGGAAAAAUGUCGAGAAUAUGAUAAUGAAGAUGAAGAAGAGGAAUCUUUUGUAGAAACUUUUCCACACAUAUUUGAUCGAAAUGAUAUCUUGAUUUGCGCUACGCAUGGAAAAAUAUAUGCAAUUCAUAAACGAGAUGGUAGUCGUUUGUGGAGAGCCAAAUUCCCUACAGGUGGUUUAGGAGGCAUUGUCUCAUUGUUUGUAACCGAUACAGACAGAUUAAUUGUCGGUUCAAGAGGAAGAACAGCGUCAAUGGAUCUAAUGACUGGUAAAACGCUUUGGGUUAAUAAAAUGCCAGGCUUUGGUAUAGACGAAGUCUCUAUUAUUAGUACUCCUAAUCUAUUAUCGCCUAAUCUACUACCACCUUAUCAAAAAGAGGAAACAGAAGAGUCAUACCCAGAUUAUGAUAUGUUAACUAACAUAAAGCCUAUUGUUUUUGGAUGCGCACGAGGUAAAGUGAUGGCUAUAGAUAGUGAAACAGGAGAAACGUUAUGGACUUAUAAUUGCGUUGGGGGAUGGUAUAAUAUACCGGUUAUUAUUGUUGAACCACCUCUUAGAAAUCAAGAUUUUUUGGUGUAUGUAGGUUCGGGUAAAAACGUCUACUGUCUUAAAGCUAGUACAGGGGAAGUUAUUUGGAACGUUCGUGUAUCUAAUUCUAAUUUUGGCUUGAAUUAUAUGACCUUAGCUACACCUUGGAGUUCAAAGUUAGCAGCUGAAACUCAUUCGGCCUUUAGUCAAAAUCCAUCUGCUCAAAAAAGGGACCAUCAACGAGACAAAGAAAAGUCAUCAUAAUAAAUUUUUGUUAUUUAUUUAUUUAUUUAUUUAUUUAUUUAUUUAUUUAUUUAUAAGAAACAGACAUAU